AAACGCAAUCGGAGCAGCGCACAUUUAGAUUCAGAAUUCCUCUUUCUGUAAGCAAGAAACGACUGUAUGGUCAUUUGUUCCAGCAAACGUGCCAAACCUGCAUGGGCUCGGCUACAAACAGAGACUCUCCCUGUUUGUGUUUUACGUCUGUCAGCUGUAUUUCUGAGCUGUGUUGUGCAGAAGGCUCCCUGUGCAGCUGGUGUGGAUGUUUGAGUUUGCAACAUAACUUAGUGGAGAACCAGCAGGCCACCUGUUUGAGCACGUAGUCUAAACAUGGUGAGGGUGGAGCUGGAUCAGGUGGUGAUGAGGAGGAUGAAGGAGGACGACAUAGAGGUGGUCAAAGCCCUCAUCAAGGAGGGCUGUGAGGGCACAGAAAACCGCAUCAUCCUUCACAUCCUCACUCGUCCACUGUGCCUCUUCAUCUUGGCUAUUCUCUCCUCAGUCCUACGCUGCCUUGUCCACUCCUUUAUCCUGGCUCUCACUCUCCCCGUCUUCCUCCUCAUUGUCUUUCUCAAAAUUACCAUGCCACGGUCCAUGGGUGUUCUGGGCAGCAGCCGUCCCUACUGGGACUAUGUGGGCAGCAGUUAUCGGGGAACACAGGAUGAAACGCUGCAGAAUCCCUACUGUAGAGUCAGUGGCCGAACACCACUGACAAAAAGGCCAAGAUCCAGAAUAGCAUCCAAAGACAAGGACAAGGAGUCGUCAACAGAGAAAAUCAGCCCAGAGAGGGAACAGGCUGCUGGACAUGUUUGGGUGGCAGAGUGCGAGGGGGAGAUCCUAGGCUGCAUCUUCCGAGAGAGUGAAACAGAAGCGGGCAUCAGGAGGAUCUGCAGGCUGGUGACGAGCUGCUGGUACCGUAAGGAGGGACUGGGUCGGCUGCUUGUCCAGAGUCUGGAGCAGAGAGAGAGGGGGACGGGGGCACAUAGGGUGUAUGCUCACGUACCCUACCCUUCUAAAGUGGGGGAGGUUUUCUUCAAGAAAAUUGGCUACAGACAGCUGGGGGUAGAGACUGCUGAAGAAGAAGAAGAAGACGACAUUGAGAUGAAGCUUGAGACUCCAGAGAGAGGUUUUCUGGGAUACCCCCUCACUAAAGUGUUUUACAAAAACCUGUGACUGAGCGACAGUGGACUUAUGAAGUGGAAAAUAGCCAAACAAUGGCUAAAGAUAAAGAAGUUGAUAACACCAAUGCAUCUUUGCUGAAGGUGUCAUUACUACAGUGUUUGUUUGUUUAAGUUAAUAAUUUAAUGAAUGUUCUAUUUAUGCCAGUAUUUAUUUGCUCUUAUUUGCUUUGUUGUUUGUUUGUUUUUGUUUUCAUUUAAAGCACCGUCUCCAUUUAUCUUAUGUGAUAUUUCUCAAUCACAUUCAAUGGAGUAAAAUUAAAAAGAAAAACUAUAUACUAUGUAAUAUGCAGAGAUAAUUGUAUUUGUUAAACUGCAGGUAUUUGUGGUUGUGUGACUUCACAUAUGUGUAGGAGGGUGUUCAGUUACUGUAUAGGAAGUGUGUGUGGUUGACAUGAAUCUGCAAAAUAUCUGCUUUUAUCUUCCAGAGCAACCUGUCACCUUCAUGUACAGUAUAUGGGUCCAUGAGUCUGCAAGCAAUGCUCCCUCCCUUUAACUUUCUCUCUCUUUCAAUUUGGUUUUCUCUGUCAAAUUCAAAUGUUAAUUUAUUGGCAGAAACAUCAGUGACUGAUAAUUAAAAAUUCUGCAUUCAUUAUUGCUGACAAUGAUUAUCUAUGUCAGUCAUUAACCAACUUUUUUAUGCUUUAGCAGUUGAAUGAUUGGCUUGUAGAAGAUCAGUCAGGUUCUGAAAUUGUAUUUCAUACAACCUAAUCAUUUUUAUUCCCUUUAUUUGUCUUGAAAAUUAGACACUUUCUGGUUACAACGUGUCUCAGUAAAGUGUAUCCCUCAUCACA